AUUAUCUUUUACAAAGUCACAAGGUACAACUGUUGUUGUUACGCCCAUCAGGUUUUUGGAUUUAUUGAGGAUAUUUUUAUGAUGUUGUGGUAAAAAUUUGGUCCAUUUUGAUGAAGUUGUGGAAGCUGCUGGUAGCCCCUAGUCAGUGUGACAUGUUCAAUGUUCUUAUCCUUUCGUCUCUGUUAAUCAUGCGUGUCUGUCUCCCACUAUCAUCAGUGCACGUACCUUGUGAUCUUCCACACACACGUGAUCACACGCCAAUCAUUCUCUCAAGCCUCCCCAACACACUUCCAUGAUUCAUUCACUGUUGCCUCCUUUUUUGCCUAUAUAGCUUAAGGCUGGAUUUUUACUUGAUUUGGUGCUUGAUUGUCUAAUUAUCUUCAGCUAAACUUCGAUGGGGUUGUGAAUAUUAAAAUAUCUAGCCGGUGGGUAUUUCACAUCUCACUUAUAUUAUAGUCCGAGUUUGAGGUGUGUUUUUUUAGGCUAGAUUUGAAGAACUUUCCAGUUAGUUAUCUCUUAUUUUCAAGGAUUAUUUUAUUAUAUAACAUAUUGAGUGGUUUGUGGAUAUUGUUCUUUAAUUUUAUAUAUACUUCUUUGCAACCUUAUUAUUCUUCAGUCGCUUUUGUUUGCUCGAUUGAAAAAUUUCCUCUUUUUCUUUGUGAUUUUAACUGGUGGUCUUUAAAUUGGUGAGUGAGACAUGUGGGGAUGGGUUCUCUUUGAGUAGGAUUUAGGUUGAUACCUCACAUAAAAGCAAAGUGGCAUCCAAGUUGGACUUCAUGAUAAGCUACUUGUUUGUUGGUCGACUUUGGUAGCGAUUUGAGGCUCUUAUACCCCCAUGCUGCUAUAGAUAUCUUUUUAUUUUCCCCAAAAAUCCAGAUCCAAUCUUUGCAUCUAAUAUCUGGGAUAUCAAUCUUCAUAUAUUUUCUUUUGAUAAGGAUCUUGAUUAGGAGAGCUCGGUGUUUUUUUUAUAUUAUUAUUGGGGGCGUGAGAAACUUUUUUUUGGAAGGCAAGGGUGUGUGAGAAACUUGUUUUAAGAAGAAGCUACUGAGAGCUGUUAUAUGAGGUUCAAAGCUUUGGCUAUGCCAUGAAAAUUUUGAAUUAUACAAUAUGGGUAGCAACAGGACUAUUGUUUGGUUUAGAAGGGACCUUAGAAUUGAGGACAAUCCUGCAUUAGCUGCUGCUGCAAAGGAGGGUUCUGUACUCCCUGUGUAUAUAUGGUGCCCUAAAGAGGAAGGACAGUUUUAUCCAGGAAGAGUGUCAAGGUGGUGGCUGAAGCAGUCUCUUGCUCACUUGGAUCAAUCACUGAAGUCUCUUGGAUCCAGACUUGUGCUCAUCAAAACCCACAGUACUGUCACGGCUCUCGUGGAGUGCGUAAAGGCCAUUCAAGCAACAAAAGUAGUGUUUAACCAUCUGUAUGAUCCGGUUUCACUUGUCCGUGAUCACAACAUCAAAGAAAAACUAGUGGAACAAGGCAUAUCAGUCCAAAGCUACAAUGGAGAUCUGUUGUAUGAGCCAUGGGAAGUAUAUAGCGAGAGUGGACGUGCCUUUACUACCUUUAAUGCCUUUUGGAAGAAAUGCUUGCACAUGCAAAUGGAUAUUGUUUCAGUUGUUCCUCCAUGGCAAUUAAUUCCAGCUGAAGGAAAAGUUGAGGAAUGUCCACUGGAGGAGCUUGGUCUUGAAAAUGAAUCAGAAAAACCAAGCAAUGCAUUACUAGGACGGGCAUGGUCGCCGGGUUGGAGAAAUGCUGACAAGGCUUUAACAGAAUUCGUGGAGCAGCAUCUACUAGACUACUCCAAGAAAAGGCUGAAGGUUGGUGGAGACUCCACCUCACUCUUGUCCCCAUAUCUUCAUUUUGGAGAAUUGAGUGUGAGGAAAGUUUUUCAAGUGACACGUAUGAAGCAAAUAUUAUGGACAAAUGAAGGCAACAGUGCUGGUGAAGAGAGUGUAAAUCUUUUCCUCAGGGCCAUUGGACUUAGGGAGUACUCACGCUAUCUUUGUUUCAACUUUCCUUUCACCCAUGAGAAAGCACUUCUGGGACACUUAAAGUUUUUUCCUUGGAAUCCUGAUGCUGAUAUCUUUAAGAAUUGGAGACAAGGUAGGACUGGCUUUCCUUUGGUUGAUGCAGGAAUGAGAGAACUUUGGGCAACUGGCUGGAUUCACAACAGAAUAAGAGUAAUAGUUUCCAGUUUUGCUGUGAAAAUGUUGCUUCUACCCUGGAAAUGGGGAAUGAAAUAUUUCUGGGACACACUUCUUGAUGCUGACCUUGAAAGUGAUAUCUUGGGUUGGCAGUAUAUCUCAGGAGGCUUACCAGAUGGCCAUGAGCUUGAGCGCUUGGACAAUCCGGAGAUUCAAGGGGUUAAAUUUGAUCCAGAAGGUGAAUAUGUGAGACAAUGGCUACCUGAGUUGGCAAGAAUGCCAACUGAGUGGAUCCAUCAUCCUUGGGAUGCACCGCUUACUGUUCUUAGAGCAGCAGGAGUUGAGCUGGGUCAAAAUUAUCCAAAGCCAAUAAUUGAUAUAGAUUUGGCCAGAGAAAGACUCACUGAAGCUAUAUUCAAGAUGUGGGAAUCUGAAGCAGCAGCAAAAGCUGCAGGCUCUGAACCAAGGGAUGAAGUUGUUGUAGACAACUCUAACUCUCUUGAAAAUUUGGACACUCGAAAAGUUGUCGUUCUGGGAAAGGCUCCAUGUGCUACUAUUUCAGCUAAUGAUCAAAAGGUGCCAGCACUUCAGGAUUCCAAGAAUGAACCGCCUACGCGGAAGAGGCCAAAACAUAUGGUAGAGGAGGGGCAGAACCAGGAUAACUCUCAAAAUCAUAACAAAGAUACUGGCAUGUCAAGCAUUGACCAAGACAUUUGCUCCACAGCUGAUUCUUCAUCAUGUAAGAAGCAGUGUGCCAGUACAAGCUCAUAUUCAUUUUCAGUUCCACAGCAGUGCUCCUCAUCUUCUAAUCUGAAGUGGCCAUGGCAAGAUCAGACUGACAUGGAGCAGAGUUCAAGCAAAGAUGGAGCUAUGUGAGGUUAAUGUUGUUCUUGUUGAUAAAACCAGUAGCAGCUACAUUACUCACGGAAAGAAAAUGGUGCCAUAUUUAAAUACUGCAGUUUGUUUAGCCCAUGCUAUCAAUCAGUUGUGUAAUAGGUUAUGAAAUCCAACAGGAAGAACACGGAUUAAAACAAUAGUGAACAUUGUAUAUUAUGAACUUGUGCUGAUGGGCUGGUCCAUACACAUUCUGACAAGCCCGUAAUUACAAACUAUAUAAACCAAAUACUCUACACAAUGUAUUACUCUGAUAUCACUUGCAUUUUAUCCUUAUUACUCGAGCUUUUUUUGCUGCUCAA